AUGUGUGGUGCUAGGAAGUCUAGUGAUGAUUGCAGUGACAACUGCCGUGGAACCCAGUCAUCCUCCUCCCACGGGGACUUGGACAAGUACACAGAAAACUUUGACAAGAUCAUUUCGAACUUUGGCUCUUUGACGGGUGCGCUCAUCGACGUUUCGAUGGAUGCUGGCAGGGACUUGAAUGAAAAGGCCAAGGAGUGGUCUCAGAAUUGGUUCUUGCACCCAAAGUCCCACGAGGACGGCGACUUUUUUGAAUUGAAUAAGGAAAAUAGAAACCCAGGGUUCAAGUUUCCGUCGUUUUAUGAAACGAGAGCCUCGGGAGAUGAGACACCCGAUUCGAGAUUGGCUAAUUUCCAGGAUUUUUGGAAGAAUAGCACAUUUCUUCAGAAUGCACAUGGGAGGUUGGGAAGCACUCCAUUCGGGUACCGUGCUUACAAGGGUCCUUCAAUCAGACAGUACCAUGACUGUUUGGACAAGGACGGCAAGACCGUCUGGGAUGAACAAGGCUACUGGAGAUGUCUUUUCCCGCAAAGUGAAGUUCCAGUUGACUUGUUGGACUUGAAACGCAAGUUUUUGGGGACGGCCAUUAUGACUAGGGAGGACUUUGACCAACGUGUCAAGGAAGUUGGCGAAACCGAAACCAAACCCGUGAUAGACCUCAAGGAACUGGGAAAGUUUUUCAACAAGUUUGAAGACUAUUUAGGGUGGAAGCGAGCAGAGUAUCAGGAGACUGAAAAGCGGAGACAAGAAGAAGCCAGACUUAGAAAAGAGGAAAGAGAAAGAGCCUGGAAAUUGGCUCGUGGAAAUAACGCCGCCGCUGCUAACACUACUGCCACCUCUGAUAACACUACCAAGGAUCGCUACGUUGCUUUGUCCUCUGUCAAUUCGAAUUUGUUCACCGAUGAGGAGACAAACGAAGUCAAAUUGAUUGAAACUAAAAAACAGUGCUUCAAUGACGGAAAUUGCAUCUUCACCAAGAUCACCAAGCUGAAACCAGUCGGAAGCGCAGAAUGGGUAAAGGUAGAGGAACACACCGAGGAUUUACCUGCCAACAAGCUGGGCGACAACAAUGGUUCCGACAAGAAUGGUUCCAUCAACAACAAGGGCUGGUUUUGGAAGUGA